CUUAAUGUACACUUUCCAAUCUCAGAACAUAAGUAUUACAAUCUUUUCCCUGAUUAGCAAAGGCAGUAUCAGUUAGAUAAUUUGAAAUAAUGGCUUCUGAUGAUAAGAUUCUUCUGUUGGUGCUUCUUGCUUUCACCUGCUCCCUUGCCAUGGCUGAUCAUACUCCUCUUCAAGAUUUCUGCGUGGCUGACCCCAGCAACUCAGUUGUUGUGAAUGGCUUUGCAUGCAAGGACCCUAAGAAUGUUGGAGCUGAUGAUUUCUUCUUAAGUGGGCUUCACCUAGCAGGCAACACAACGAACCCCGUGGGUUCAAAGGUGACGCCAGUCACAGUAGCCCAGUUACCUGGGUUGAACACACUAGGCAUCUCCCUGGCUCGUGUAGACUUUGCACCAUGGGGCAUCAACCCUCCACACAGUCACCCAAGGGCUACUGAAAUCUUGACCGUUUUGGAGGGCUGCCUUGAAGUGGGGUUUGUAACUUCUAACCCAGAAAAUCGUCUCAUUACAAAGGUGGUUAAUAAGGGUGAUGUGUUCGUGUUCCCUGUGGGUCUCAUUCACUUUCAAAGAAACGUUGGAUAUGGGAAAGCUGUUGCCAUUGCUGGACUCAGUAGCCAAAACCCUGGAGUGAUUACUAUUGCUAAUGCAGUGUUUGGGUCGAAGCCUGACAUCCCCAGUGAUGUUCUUGCUAAGGCUUUCCAAGUUGAUAAGAGUGUUAUUUAUCAAAUCCAAGCUAAGUUCUAAGCAGUCUUCUUUAUGAAAAAUGUUAAAGAAUCAAAUGAUUCGGAUUGUGAUUGAUUAAUUUGAGUCUGCAUGUAGUUGUGAUUUCAUGGUGCCCACUGUGUGAUUCAUCUAAUGGGUAUCAAUAAAUGAAUCAGUUUUAUUUUAUGUUGAA